AUGGCACCCGCCUUGCCUGUAAGCCCCAAGGAAGCGCUGCCGUCUCCCCUGACCUCCGCCUCCGAGCCCCCUCCCCUCUUCGAUGGCACCACCAGGUUGUACGUUGCAUAUCAUUGCCCGUUCGCGCAGCGCGCUUGGAUUGCCAGGAACUACAAGGGUUUGCAGGACAAGAUUAAGAUAGUUGCCAUCGAUCUUGCUGACAGGCCAGCAUGGUACAAGGAGAAGGUUUAUCCAGAAAACAAGGUGCCUUCUCUGGAGCACAACAACCAGGUGAAAGGAGAGAGCUUGGAUCUGGUUAGGUACUUUGACAGCAACUUCGAAGGUCCAUCGUUGCUCCCUGAGGAUCCUGCAAAGAAGCAGUUCGCUGAGGAGCUGCUUGCAUAUACUGAUGCAUUUAACAAAGCAUUAUACUCAUCUUUACUCAGCAAGGAAGAUGUGUCUGAGGAAACUGUCGCUGCUUUGGAUAAAAUAGAAGACGCCCUGGGGAAAUUUAAUGACGGCCCGUUCUUCCUUGGUCAGUUCAGUCUGGUGGACAUUGCGUAUGUACCAUUCAUUGAGAGGUUUCAGAUAUUCUAUUCCAACAUAAAGAACUAUGAUAUCACAAAGGGCAGACCCAACCUUCAGAAGUUCAUCGAGGAAGUGAACAAGAUCUAUGCAUAUACACAGACUAAACAGGACCCACAGUUUAUACUUGAGCUUACAAAGAAGCAGCUUGGGCUAAUUUCAAAACAUUUGACCAUCAUUUUAACCUCCAGAUUGCUUAAAGCUUGUGACCAAGGAUGA